AUGUUUUCGCCAUACGACAAGCUCUGGCCUCCCCCUUCGCUGAACGAUGAUUAUUCACCCACUGCCCACAUGCAUGAGACACCGAUAAUGCAGCGCAGUGCCUUCUGUGCAUGUGUUGAUGCCGUUUGGCAUUUCUUCCUGUUCCGUAUACUGGUCCCCAUAAGGAGCCACCACGUAAACCUCCUACCUGCUUUGGGUCUCGAGAUACUCGGCUGUGUUCUUGAGGCUUUACUCAACGCCGACUCAGUCAACAGCUGGCGCAGAAUCUUUAUCCUCAUCGAAGGAGAUCUAAACUAUGAGCUAAAAAGACUCUCCGCAGAAGAAAAGACACUCAACGACCAGGUACAUGCCCAACUAUUUUUCCACCGAAAGGAGUUUCAGGAAACUGGUUGGGCUGUUUUACCAACGGAGAUGCUACAUGACAGAAACAAUCGUCGCAAGUCACUUAUGGCAAUUCAGAAACAGGUGACGCGAAUGAACACACGAAGAACGCUCUACCAUCGAGCUUUAUGGUACAGUGAGAUGCUUGAUCUUGACUGCUUUUGA